UCCAGCGGUGUUAUUUUUACUGGAUGAAUCGGGCUGCCUGCGUCCUGUCACUCUGAAAGGAAGGCGGAUCUUUUACGCACCACUUGGCUGUUAGGAAACUUGGGGCGUGAAGUUCUCGACACCUACACUCUGAACUCACAAUGACUGGUUUAAAACUGUAAAAUCGACCCUUCAGAAACCAGCGAUAAAAUGUAUCGUUUAUUUUCCACUGAGGAGUGGCUUGGUGUCACUUUUGCGCAUGCGCCGCCGCGAGCGAGCCGUUAGCUGUCAGGAGAGUGGGACACAGAAGUUGGUCCGGAGAGCUGAGCUGAGUCGAAGUAGCCCAAGGAGUUGAAGGAGAGUCUUCCACCGGCCACGGCUUUCCUUGAGGGACUUCUUUGUGUCGGUUCCUCAUGUCAGCCGCUGCAGACAGCAGGACAGCUAAGUGUUCACUGUGGCUGAGGGACCGCUGACUUGUGGUCUGCGUGUCCAGAAGUAGAUCAGGUUCUGCUGAAACAGUUGAUAGUCCAAACGCGACGGGAAGGCGUUUGUCGAAGAGCACGAGUUUUACAGUUCAAACUCUGAAUGGUGGCGCAAAGGGAGAGAACGGAGGUUGGACACUAAUCGUCUCGGUCAAAAUCCCCCCGGUAAUCUGUGUCCUCCUCGGUUAGCAUGGGGAACCGGGGCAUGCAGGACCUCAUCCCGCUGGUCAACCGCCUCCACGAUGCUUUCGGUGCCAUCGGCCAGAGCUGCAAUCUGGACCUGCCGCAGAUAGCCGUGGUCGGUGGUCAGAGCGCGGGGAAGAGCUCCGUCCUUGAGAACUUCGUUGGCAGGGAUUUCUUACCGAGAGGCUCAGGGAUUGUUACGCGAAGACCGCUUGUGUUACAGUUAAUCAACGCCACCUCAGAGCAUGCAGAGUUCCUGCACUGUAAAGGGAAGAAGUUUACAAACUUCGAUGAGGUGCGUCGGGAGAUUGAAACAGAGACAGACAGAGUUACAGGAGCCAAUAAGGGCAUCUCCUCCAUUCCCAUCAAUCUACGUGUUUAUUCACCAAAUGUGCUGAAUCUGACUCUGAUAGACCUGCCGGGCAUCACUAAAGUUCCAGUGGGGGAUCAGCCUCCAGACAUUGAGUACCAGAUCAGAGACAUGAUCAUGCAGUUCAUCUGCCGUGAGAACUGCCUCAUCCUGGCCGUCACACCAGCCAACAUGGACCUGGCCAACUCCGACGCCCUCAAACUGGCCAAAGACGUUGACCCACAGGGUCAGCGCACCAUUGGUGUCAUCACUAAGCUGGACCUGAUGGAUGAGGGCACAGAUGCCAAGGACGUGCUGGAGAACAGGUUACUGCCCUUACGCAGAGGUUACAUUGGAGUGGUCAAUCGCAGUCAGAAGGACAUUGAGGGGAAGAAGGACAUCAGUGCAGCUCUCGCUGCUGAGCGGCAGUUUUUUCUCUCCCACUUUGCUUAUAGGCACAUGGCUGACCACAUGGGAACACCUUACCUGCAGAGGGUGCUCAAUCAGCAACUGACCAAUCACAUCCGGGAAACGUUACCAGCGUUCCGCAGCCAGCUACAGACUCAGCUUCUCUCACUGGAUAAAGAGGCAGAGGAGUACAGGCACAUGAACCCUGAUGACCCCUCACGCAAGACCAAAGCUCUCAUGCAGCUGAUCCAGCACUUUGGACUGGACUUUGAGAAGAGGAUUGAGGGCUCUGGUGACCAGGUGGACACAGUGGAGCUCUCAGGAGGAGCCAAAAUCAACCGCAUCUUUCAUGAGCGCUUCCCUUUUGAACUAGUCAAGAUGGAGUUUGAUGAGAAAGAACUGCGUCGCGAGAUUAGCUAUGCCAUCAAGAACAUUCAUGGCAUCAGGACAGGCCUGUUCACUCCUGAUCUAGCAUUUGAGGCCAUCGUGAAGAAGCAGAUAGUGAAGCUCAAAGGGCCGUGUCUUAAAUGUGUGGACAUGGUCGUCCACGAGCUUAUAGCCACAGUGCGGCAGUGUACCAAUAAGUUACGGACCUUUCCUAUGCUACGGGAGGAGACAGAGAGAAUUGUGACCACAUACAUUCGGGAACGAGAGAGACAAGCCAAAGACCAGGUUUUGCUUUCAAUCGAGAUUCAGCUUUCCUACAUCAACACGAACCAUGAAGACUUCAUUGGAUUCGCCAACGCACAACAGAGAAAUAAUCAGACGAGUAAAAAGGCUUCAGCAGGAAACCAGGGUGCUGCUCCUCCACCUCCCAGUCAAAUUGUGAUCAGAAAGGGCUGGCUGACCAUCAACAACAUCAGUCUGAUGAAGGGAGGGGCCAAGGAUUACUGGUUCCUGUUGACCGCAGAGAGCCUCUCUUGGUUUAAGGAUGAUGAGGAGAAAGAGAAGAAGUACAUGCUGCCUCUGGAUAACCUGAAGGUGCGCGAUGUGGAGAAAACCUUCAUGUCCAGCAAGCACGUCUUUUCCAUCUUUAACACAGAGCAGAGGAACGUGUAUAAAGACUACAGGCAUCUGGAGCUGGCGUGUGACACACAGGAGGAGGUGGACAGCUGGAAGGCCUCUCUGCUGCGGGCUGGAGUCUACCCUGAGAAAACUACAGUGGAUGGCGAGAACUCAGGGCAGACAGAGAACUUCUCCAUGGACCCUCAACUGGAGAGGCAGGUGGAGACCAUCCGCAACCUGGUGGACUCCUACAUGAGCAUCGUCUACAAGAGCAUCCGAGACCUGAUGCCCAAAACCAUCAUGCACCUGAUGAUCAACAAUGUGAAGGAGUUUAUCCACUCUGAGCUGCUGGCUCAGCUGUACUCUACAGGAGAUCAGUCAGCUCUGAUGGAUGAGUCUCCAGAACAGGCUCUGCGAAGGGAGGAGGUGCUGCGCACACAUUCGGCCCUGAAGGAGGCACUGAAUAUCAUCACUGACAUCUCCACCUCCACCAUCUCCACCCCUCUACCACCGCCUGUGGACAACUCCUGGCUGCAUGCCAGCACCAUCAACCGCAGAUCUCCUCCGGGUCAUGGUGCUCCUAGGAAGACCCCAUCUGCUCCUGGAGGUCCUGCUCGUGGUCCUGCUCCUCCUGCUCCUCCGCUAGCCACUCGUUCUAGUCCUUCAGUAGCUGCAGUACCUAACCACACAGACUCCUCUCAUGCACCGGGACGCCCCAACAGAGUCGCCCCUAGCAUUCCCAGGAGACAGCCGCCAGCGGUGCCUUCUCGACAGCCGCACUAACACCCACAAGGUGACACAAGGCGUGCGUCCAAGAGAAGUCCGACCACAAAAAGGACAAGCAGCACCGGCUGAUUGCUUUUCCACGUGAACUGCUGUAUAAUCAAACCUUUGCCAACGGCCCACAUUCUUCUCCACUUGCCUUUGGUGUGGCUUUAGAGGUGGUAGACAAGAUCUUAGAUCUGUGGUUAUAGUCAAUUUGCAAUGGACUAAAAUGAACUCCAGUCAGGCUAAUGAAUCUCUUGCCUGUGAGAGAUUCAUGUGAUGAACGGUGGACAGUUUAUACUUUAUCUGAGUGAAACCGCCACACUUUAUUCUUGUUUUGUACAUAUGUCUGCAUUCGUUCUGAUACAUGCUUUGAGUAGAUUAUUCUUUCUUUUGUGUUCGAGGGAGAGAGAGAGAGAGAGAGAGAGUUAGUGAAUGUGUGAAGCUUUAAAUAAACAGCGUUUUGGGAUUUUGUAAGUAAUGCCAAAGCAUAUUAAAUAUUCAGUUACUGGGGGAAAAAAUGUUUAAUAUAUUGUGAUAUUUUCUUGUUUUUGUUUUUAUAUAGCCAUAUCUGUUUAUAACAAGCUGGAAUAUUAUUGUGCCUGAAUAUGCGCACCUCUCAUCAAAGCAAUACAGAUCAUUUAUUUUAAA